UGUGGUGGGGACAGAGCGAACGCUAUUAUCACGCCUGGGUACUUAAUGCUUAUUGCUUAUCUAAUUGUGAAAUUAGUGAGUUAUUCUAUUAUUGCAGUGGAAACUGUGCUGAUGUUCAGUGGAAAAGACUAACGUGUACCAAUCUACGAAUUAGAGUAUUUCCGAAAGUAAUUAGGUACAAGGGUGCCUUAUUUGGGCUGUUGAGUCAAAUUCAAUACAUGAUGCACUCAUAAAUAUUUAGUCUAAUACAUAGUGCAUAUGCAAUUGAUGAGCAUGACAUUUGAACUGUGUAGAAUUAUCAUGAAAUUUACAUAAAGUGUUCUGUCUUCCCCAGUUAAUAUUUACAUUUUUAUAAACAACAGUGUUGGCUACCUACAUACACGUUUGCUUUUCCGUUGACGAACAUGUCGUUCACGAAUAUUGAUGAGAGAAUAUUCAGGCAAACAAGACUGGCAGUAGCAAGGAACCUAUUCGAUGUCGAAGUGCCUCACCGGAUAGCAAGCUACGAUCGGUUCAUACCGUAUCGAGCCAACAACAGUUGGGAAACUAGUUUUGCAAAUAUUUCUGAAGUAAAUAAGGCCCCUCACGUCGGUAGAAAGCCGAGGGAAAAUGGUGAGAACGCCAGAGACGGUUCAGUGUACAAUAUUUUGCUUCGAAAUGAGUUACUUGGUGAGAACAUUGAAGACAUUAAAUCACAGGGUGAUGAACGACAAGCUCUGACUCCAGUGAAAAGUAGGAACCUAUUCAAAUAUGGAACCCCCUCCAAGAAUGAAAAAACCCCCAUAAAAUCCCAGUCUAGUCCGUACUCCCUGUCGCCGCUGAGCACGAGCAGCCAGCGCCUCCUCCGAUCGCCCCACAAAGCCACCCGGAAGAUCUCCCGCAUACCCUUCAAAGUCCUUGAUGCCCCCGAGCUCCAGGACGACUUCUACCUCAACCUCGUCGACUGGUCCGUCCAGAACGUGCUCAGCGUCGGUCUCGGUAGCUGCGUCUAUCUCUGGUCGGCGUGCACCAGCCAGGUCACCAGGUUAUGCGAUCUCUCGAGCGACGGCAACGUCGUCACGUCGGUGGCGUGGAGCGAGCGAGGUCAUCUGGUGGCCGUCGGCACACACAACGGCUACGUCACUGUCUGGGACGUCGCCGUCAACAAGCAGGUGAACAAACUCCAGGGACACACCGCUAGGGUGGGAGCCCUCGCAUGGAAUGGGGACGUACUGAGCUCAGGAAGCAGGGAUAGACUGAUUCUGCAGAGGGAUACGAGGACGCCACCCAACGUGACAGAGAGGCGGCUGGUCGGCCAUCGACAGGAAGUGUGCGGUCUGAAAUGGUCCCCGGAUAACCAGUAUCUCGCAUCAGGCGGCAACGACAACAGGCUGUACGUCUGGAACAUGCAGUCCCUGUCCCCCGUCCAGACUUACACCGACCACUUGGCGGCGGUAAAAGCCAUCGCCUGGUCGCCCCACCACCACGGACUGCUGGCCUCUGGAGGCGGUACAGCCGACAGAUGCAUCAGGUUCUGGAACACGCUGACCGGGCAGCCCAUGCAGUGUGUUGAUACAGGUUCCCAAGUAUGUAAUCUAGCCUGGUCUAAGCACAGUUCCGAACUUGUAUCGACUCACGGAUAUUCGCAAAACCAAAUCCUAGUUUGGAAGUAUCCAAGUUUGACUCAAGUAGCAAAGCUGACUGGGCACUCUUACAGGGUGCUCUACCUAGCCCUUUCGCCAGACGGAGAAGCCAUCGUUACCGGAGCUGGGGAUGAAACGUUGAGGUUCUGGAACGUGUUCAGUAAAGCACGCUCGCAAAAAGAAACCCGGUCCGUUCUGAGCCUAUAUACUGGUAUACGUUAAACGAGAGUUUCUUCAUUAGGCAUAUUUAUUUAAAUUUUUACUUCCAUGAAGUACUUUUUUACAAUUGGUUCAUAACAAUCUUUAUACAAUUUUCUUCUAUAUUUAUGUAUUUAGUUUACAUAUAUUUGAUUCAUUAUACAUAUAACUUUAUAUAAUCCGAAUUGUGAUAAUUAGUAAUUUUCGUUCGCCGUACAAAAUAUAUGUUUUUUUUUUAA